AUGCUCGGAAGCCGAAGAUGUGCCGGCGUGAUGCUCGUGACAGUACUGACCUGGACGCUUUCCUGGGCACAGUUGCCUCUGGGAGCAGGAGGUCUUCCGAGCUCGGGCGGAGGCGGGUUAGGUCUCGGCUUUGGCACAGGGGGUUCUCCCCCAGCGAGUGGCCUGGGCCUGGGCACGCCUGGGCUAGGUUUGCCGGCUAGCACUGGCUUGGGGCCGGGUGUGCCCACAGGCAACUUGAAUGGUUGUCUGGGUGGCGGUUGCCUAGGUGGGAGUGGCAUCGGUGGGGGUGGCUUUGGUGGUGGCUCGGGCGGCUUGGGUGGUGGCGGCGGCUUCGGCUUAGGCAGUGGCUCAGGCUCAAGCGGCUUCGGUGGUGGAGUGGGUGCAGGUGGUUUGGGUGGUGGUUUAGCAGGUAGCAUGGGUGGCUUAGGAGCCCCGCCUCUGGGCGGAGGAGGCGGCCUAGGUGGCGGUUUGGGACUUGGAGCAAGCGCUGGAUUCGGUGGAUCUCCGGCCGCAAGCUUCGGAGGCAACCAGCCGGGCAGCACUGCGAAUGCUGUUCCUGGCUUUGGUGCUCUUGCAGGAAUGGGAGGAGGAGAUAUUCCGUUGGCAGGUGGCACAUCGUCUCCCUCGCCAAUGUUUUCCAAGCUUCCCAGCGACCCGAGCACAUUGCACCAAGCCUUUCACUAUGCAGACAUUGCAGCAUUCCUGUUGCAGCCCCCCGCGCCGCAUUCCAUUCAAGACUGCCGCGAGCUUUGCGAGCGAAACGAGAGCUGUGCGGCCUGGGAGGUCUGCGCUCCGUUGGGUGAUGGUUGUGAUGGUUGCUACCUCGUAUCCCGCGCUCCUCGGCGUUGGGAUCAGCGCCAGGGUUGGCACGCAGAGAUUCUGCCAGGCAGGGAGGAGCUUGGAUGGAAUGCUGAAAGCGAAUUCAGUCCAGCAAAUCUGACGCAGGAAGGCUGCAAGGCUUUUCUGCUACAAGCAAACGGAGCAGACCAAAGCGUCCCGUUCCACGAGCCAGCGAUCAUGCAAAAGUAUGCGGCGUGCGGAUCCCUGAUCUGGGAAGGGGAGCAGGACCGGGACCUCACCGUCGUGGGGCAGCAUUGGCCGACGUUCGUUGUCACCCACUUCCGGGAACCCCCGAUCUUGCUGCCCCAGGAUGUGGAGCGGGAGAUGCUAGCUUCCGCACCUCGUGCGCCUCGUACUCCAGCGCCACUUGCUGCUGCGGCUUUAGCUGCCGCUGAGCGGCCAGGCGUGACAUCACAGCUCCAUGGUACAAUUGGCUCGCAAAACUGGGAGGACCGGAAGAACAAGGCUCGGGCUCCGCAUGCCUUCCUCCUGCCUUUCUAUGACACCAACAUUGGGCACUGGAUGAAGCAGCACGGUUCCAUGAACCCAUUGCAAUCCUACGAGAUGCAAUCGUUGCUUCAACCAGGGGACACUGUCAUCGACGUGGGUGCCAAUCUUGGAUGCUACACGGUGCCGUUUGCAGAGCGUGUGGGCAUGGCAGGCAAGGUCAUCUCCUUCGAGCCAUUCCGUUGGCUUCGUCAAGUCGUAGCAGCCAAUGUAGCUAUGAAUGGCCUGAGCAACGUGUGGCUUCCACCCGUGGGACUGAGCACGGCGCGAGGAAGCUUUGAGGCACGUCCACCGCAGCUGAAAUUCUUUUCGUCUCCUGGCGGGAUGAAGCUGCAGCAGCAGCAACAGGAUGCGAAGCCUGAAGAGGUCAUGCAGCUCUACGAUUGGGAUUCUGCACCCGAGCGCAUCACUGUUCUCAGCCUUGAUGAGGUUCUCGGACUUGUGCCGUCACCUGGUGUGGAACUGCUCGGCCUCCCUCAAGUAGAUGAUGUUCGGCUCAUCAAGAUCGAUGUGGAAGGAAUGGAAAAGGAGGUACUUGCAGGGGCCAGGCGGGUGGUACAGGCCUUCAAGCCCAUCGUUUGGACGGAGAACGUUGCGUACUUUUCGUCGAACGGUCAGGAUGUGUCCUUUCUGCAGAUCAUGGACGAGAUGGAGUAUGUCUGCGCACAAGCACAAAAUGCUCCGAACGACAUCAUCUGCACGGACCGACACGGUCGUGGGCAUCAAAUUGUUUAA